GUACAUGAGAAUUCAUCUUUUUUGACUUGAAAACAUUAUUAAAAGAAAAAUAUGCAUAUUUUACUUUUAUAAUAAUCUAUGUUUGUAAAUUACUUUGUUGGUAGAUACUGUAGUUGAAUUAUAGAUGGCUGACGAAAGUUUUUCUGUUACUGACGUCAGCUUCACAAGUGAUGACACAAAAGCCACAGGGGAGACGAGUCAGACCCAAUCAUCUGAUGAUUUUGGACAGAGUACUGUGCCCUUGACUGUUGUGUCACUGAAUCAGCAGGCAGAUUCUUUCCGACAACAACAAAAAGCUGUACCCGAGCUUCCAUCUGCAAAGUUCCAGUACAGUGUGUGGCACGAUCUUAAAUUUGUAGAGGUCAGAGGUGAUGAGUUGAAGGCUCCCAGAGUCAGAAAAGCCCCGGUAGAAGAAGAAAAAGUUCUGUACAAGGUGGUAGAUGAGGAGAACAAAGCAGUGCACCACUCAAUUAUGGGUAAAGAGAAAACACAACACAAGAUCAAGAUGGAAAACUGGGAGUCAGCCAAGUAUGUGAGUCUGUCGUAUCAAGAGCUGAACGACCGGUAUCAACAGAACAACAUGUAUCGAAUCCUGGCCCGACUGCGACUAGUUGAAUAUCUGAACCUUCCACACAACUCCAUUACCGACAUCAGUCAGUUCAGCUUUCCCAAAUGUGAGUUUUUGAACCUGAAUAACAACUACAUUGCAUCAUUCAAGAGUCUGCCGAAACUACCGUGUAUAAAGUAUCUGCUGUUGGAAACAAACAGUGUUGGAAGUCUUGACGGUCUGAGACGCUUCAGAUCAUCGGGUCUCGAGGAACUCUACCUGGCGGCAAAUCCCAUCACCUUCGUUCCAGGUUACAGAUCCAGAGUGUUUCAGAUUCUACCCAGACUCCUAAUGCUGGAUGGAAUUCCAAAACUGGAAUCAGAUUUGAUAAAAGAACCCGAUCUGGAAGACAACAAUAAAGGAUGUGUUGUUGCUUAGUAACAUGAUACCGUUGAGUUCUGUCCACCAGUGGUUUAGUCUUUAUCCCUAACAAUACUGUACCAGGGAUUGGAUGCAUCAGUUUAUUACCUAUGGCAAUUUUGAAAUGUUUCUGCCAUGGGCAAAAUGCUCAUCUAUAACAGUUUUGUGUCUGCCUACAAUAUUUUUAAACAGUAUCUUGCAUUAAAGGGACAUUCCUAAGUUUGCUGCAAUUGUUUAAGAUGUUAUCGACUAACAGAAACAUUUUAACAGUUGUAAUUACAUAUCAAAUA